GCCGCACGCCGAUGGCUGCGGGGUCUCACGCCGCCCGGUCCCCACGAGGCGAGCGACCCUCGGGCCCUGGGCAGCGGCGGCUGCAACGAGGACAAGGAGGGUGGCGCGGAAGCUAGGAAUAGUGUCGUCAGCAGCAACCACUCGGUCCCGGGAGAAAAAGGGGCUGUGGCAGCGACGCCGACGUCCUGCGCGUACCCCCUCUCCGCGGCACCCACCGGGCCCCCUCCUCCUUCUCCGCGGCGGUGGCUGCACGGCCACCAUCUUCCUCCUGCUGCCAGUGGUAGCGCUCGUCUGGCGGAGCUGGUUGUUGGUCUUGACGAUAUUAUGGAUGAAGGAGUUGUUAAAGAAAGUGGCAAUGAUACCAUUGAUGAAGAAGAACUGAUUUUACCUAACAGGAAUUUGAGGGACAAAGUAGAAGAAAAUUCAGUAAGAUCACCAAGAAAAUCACCUCGUUUAAUGGCACAAGAACAAGUAAGAAGUUUGCGACAAAGCACUAUUGCCAAGCGUUCAAAUGCAGCACCUUUAAGUAGCACAAAAAAAGCAUCUGGGAAGACAGUAUCUUCCCCUAAAACAGGGGUAAGACAACCAGAAAGGUGUCAGAUUAAAGAAGAAGUUUGUACAUCAUUGAAACCUGAGUAUCAUAAAGACAGCAGAAGGAGCAGUCGGCAUAUUGGACAAAUUGAAGUGGUACCAGAAGUAUCAGUGUCUUCAAGUAAUGCUUCAGUGUCAUCUUGUCUUGAAAUGAAGGAUGAAGCUGAACUAGAUUCUAAGCAUAAGUGUAAUAAUCAGGGAGAAGCAGAUGUGCCAUCUCAUGAAUUAAGUUGUCCACUCCUUUCAGAGACUUGUGUCAGUAUUGAAGAAAAGAAAAAUGAAGCUCUGAUGGAAUGUAAAAUCAAGACUGUUAGUAACCCAUUGUUUAAAUUUUCAGAUAAAGAAGAACAUGAACAAAAUGACUCCAUUUCAGAUAAAAUGGAUGAGACUGUUGUUGAAGAAAUGAGGGCAAAGGGAAAAAUUGAACAAGAAUCAAAGGGGACAGUAAACUUACCCCAUGAGGAUGACCAGAUUGUUGAGCAGCCUGGAUCUGCUGCUGCUCUCUCUGGUGAUACUGCUUGUACAAAUCCAGAUAAGACAGAAAAGAACCUUGAAGAGUUGUCUACUUCUGUUGGUGCGGCCACUGAAUGUAACUUGGAUUUGAAUACCGUGGAAGUUGCUGAUACAGCUAAGAAUCCCCUUCUAAGAAAUAAAAUAGAACCAUUGGGUUAUUGUAAAGACACAGAGUAUAAUGAGAAGCAGUUGCAGAGUACUGAGCUAAAUAAAUCAGACUUACAGACUGUUGAUACUACUGCUUUUGAGCCAGAAAAUAAUAUUUUAGAAAGUGCUGUUUGUGGUGCUCCUGACCAAAAUUUGAAAGAGCACGUUCAAAGUAUUAAAACAGAACCCAAUGAAGCAGCAAACCUUCAGGAUGAUAUAAACAGCCAUUCAAGUGGUGUUUCUUGCUUAGAGUCAAAGAACAUGAAACCCAAACAUAUAAAACCUGUAAUUCAUUCUAAGCAAAACAUGACCACAGAUACUCUGAAAAAAAUUGUUGCACCAAAGCUUGAAGUAAUGCCUAACAAAAACAAAGUCAAUGUUAAAAGUGUGAAACGAAAUGCUGAUGGACCAGAAUCUCAGCAGAGUUUUCAUAGGCCAGUCAAAGUGAGAAAAAAACAAGUUGAUAAGGAUUUAAAGAUUCAGAGUAGCAAUUCUGGGGUUAAAUCUAUGAAAAACCAAGCUCAUUUGGUAUUUAAAAAAACAUCACAGGAUCAAAAUUUAGUGCAGAUCUCUAAACCCUUAACUCAUUCUUUCAGUGAUAAGCCUCAUAGUCAUCCUGCUUGCUCUAAAGAAUCUCAUCAUCCAGCACAAACUGGACAUUCAUUACAUUCCAGCCAAAAACAGUGCCAUAAGCCCCAGCAGCAGUUCCUAGCAAUGAAAACUAGUAGUCACGUGAAAGAAGAGCUUGAACAUGUAGGUAUAGAACAUUUUAAGGAGGAGGAUAAACUGAAACUAAAAAAAAACGAGAAGAACCUACAACCCCGCCAAAGAAGAAGCAGCAAAAGUUUUUCUUUGGAUGAGCCACCAUUGUUCAUUCCAGACAACAUAGCUACUGUUAAAAGAGAAGGCUCAGAUCAUUGUUCCACAUUUGAAAGCAAAUAUAUGUGGACUCCCAGCAAGCAGUGUGGUUUUUGCAAAAAACCACAUGGCAACAGGUUUAUGGUUGGCUGUGGGAGAUGUGACGACUGGUUUCAUGGUGAUUGUGUUGGGUUAAGUCUUUCCCAAGCACAACAAAUGGGAGAGGAAGACAAAGAGUAUGUGUGUGUGAAAUGUUGUGCUGAAGAAGAUAAAAAGACUGAAAUAUUAGAUCCAGAUAUUUUGGAAAACCAAGCUAAAGUUGAAAUUCAUAGUGAAGAUAAAACAAUGGAGUAUGAAAAGCUUGGGUUAUCAAAGCACACAUCAGCAAAUGAAAAAAACAAAUACAUAGAUGAUACAGUGAAGCACAAGGUCAGAAUUUUAAAACGGGAAUGUAGUGAAGGCAAAAACUCAUCAGAAUGUAGAGAUAAUGAGAUUAAAAAAUGGCAGCUAGCUCCUGUUCGAAAGAUGGGGCAACCAGUUUUACCUCGGAGAUCCUCAGAAGAAAAAAGUGAAAAAAUAGCAAAAGAGUCUACAACUGUUAUUUGCACAGGAGAAAAAACUUCAAAACCAGGUGCUCAUGAGAAGCAAGAGAUGAAAAAGAAGAAAGUUGAUAAAGGGGGAGUGCCCAAUGCGCAUCCGCCUGCCGCUUCUGCUUCCAAACCUUCGGCAGAUCAGAUCAGACAGAGUGUCAGACAUUCUCUCAAAGACAUUCUGAUGAAAAGACUUACAGAAUCAAAUUUGAAGAUACCAGAGGAAAAGGCUGCAAAAGUUGCCACGAAAAUUGAAAAAGAGCUUUUCUCUUUCUUUCGGGACACAGAUGCUAAAUAUAAGAACAAAUACAGAAGUUUGAUGUUUAAUCUGAAAGAUCCUAAGAACAAUAUAUUAUUUAAAAAAGUACUGAAAGGAGAAGUAACCCCAGAUCAUCUUAUAAGAAUGAGUCCUGAAGAACUAGCUUCUAAAGAGUUAGCUGCUUGGAGACGAAGAGAAAACAGACAUACCAUAGAGAUGAUUGAGAAAGAGCAGAGAGAAGUUGAAAGACGACCGAUCACAAAAAUAACUCAUAAAGGUGAAAUAGAAAUUGAGAGUGAUGCCCCAAUUAAAGAGCAGGAAGCUGCUAUGGAGAUUCAGGAACCUACAGCCAAUAAGUCAUUAGAGAAGACAGAGGAACCUGAGAAACAAAAAGAUGAGAUUGACUCGAUGUCUAAGGAUACCACUAGUCAACACAGGCAGCAUCUUUUUGAUCUUAACUGUAAAAUUUGCAUAGGUCGAAUGGCACCACCUGUAGAUGAUCUUUCUCCAAAAAAAGUGAAAGUUGUUGUUGGAGUAUCUCGUAAACAUUCAGACAACGAAGCAGAAAGUAUAGCAGAUGCACUGUCUUCAACCUCAAAUAUUUUGACUUCUGAAUUCUUUGAAGACGAGAAGCAAGAAUCUCCAAAGUCAUCGUUCUCUCCUGCCCCACGUCCUGAGAUGCCUGGAACAGUUGAGGUUGAAUCUACUUUCCUGGCUCGUUUGAACUUCAUCUGGAAAGGUUUUAUCAACAUGCCUUCUGUGGCAAAAUUUGUUACUAAAGCUUACCCGGUGUCAGGCUCCCCUGAAUAUUUGACAGAGGACCUACCAGAUAGUAUCCAAGUAGGUGGCAGGAUAUCACCUCAGACAGUUUGGGAUUAUGUGGAAAAAAUAAAAGCAUCAGGAACCAAGGAAAUUUGUGUGGUUCGCUUCACACCAGUAACUGAAGAAGACCAGAUUUCUUAUACUUUGCUGUUCGCAUACUUCAGUAGCAGAAAGCGCUAUGGAGUAGCAGCCAACAACAUGAAGCAGGUCAAGGAUUUGUACCUUAUUCCGCUAAGCGCCACAGAUAAAAUUCCCCAUCCACUGGUGCCUUUUGAUGGACCUGGGCUUGAACUCCAUAGACCUAAUCUGCUGUUGGGCUUGAUUAUUCGUCAAAAACUGAAGCGACAGCAUAGUGCUACUGCUAGCACUAGUCAUACAGCUGAGGCUCCUGAAAGUGUACAAGUGGCACUGCCACCUGAUAAAAAAAGUAAAAUAGAAGUGUGUACAGAGGAAGCACCAGAGGAAGAAAAUGACUUUUUUAAUUCUUUUACAACUGUAUUACACAAGCAGAGAAAUAAGCCUCAACAGACUCUUCAAGAAGACCUUGCAACAGCAAUUGAACCUGUAGUGGAAGUCACCAAACAAGAGCCACCAAAACCUUUAAGAUUUCUUCCUGGGGUAUUGAUUGGCUGGGAAAAUCAACCCUCUACUCUGGAAUUAGCAAAUAAACCUCUUCCUGUGGAUGAUAUACUUCAAAGCCUCUUGGGCUCUACUGGUCAAGUAUACGAACCGGCUCAGCCAGUGGCAGAACAAAAUACUGUUAAAGAAAUUCCGUUUAUAGAUGAGCAAACCAGCCCCGAAGCAGAGAAAUUAGAUAAAUUAGAAGUAACUGAUGGUGAAGCGAAGGAGGUAAAGGUUAAAGUAGAUAAUCAGUCAGAAGCUACAGGGAGUCCAGUAGUAGUAGAAGAAGAAACGUCGGUGCAGGGGUCCUCUUCCUCAGUACUGGCUUCCUCUUCCAUCUCUCCAGGACCCUUAACGAAUCUUAGUCUCAGAGGUAAACCACCAGAUAUUUCUACAGAAGCAUUCUUAACAAAUUUAUCAAACCAAUCAAAACAAGAGGAAACUGUAGAGAGUAAAGAGAAGACAUUAAAAAAGCAGUUGCUGCAAGAGCAAGAGAAUAAUUCACAAGAUAACCGAACUUCAAAUACUGGUUCUCCAGGCAGGUCUAAUGUAGGGAAAGGAAACAUAGAUGGUAAUUUGGGCUGCGGUGACAACCUUGUUGCUAACACAACAAGGUCUCCACAGUUUAUCAACUUGAAAAGGGAUCCCAGGCAAGCAGCAGGACGAAGUCAGUCAGUAAGUACAUCAGAAAGUAAAGAUGGAGAAAGUUGCCGAAAUGGGGAUAAAAACACCCUGCUUGGCCUGUCACACAAUAAGGAGCACUUACCAGAGCAAGCUAAUGCAGAUGAAAAGUUGUCUUCUGUAGAGAAAAACUCAUGUGUUCAGCAGAGUGAUCAUUCAACUGUUCCACAAAACUCAGCUUCAGUAGAAAAUAUACACACUUCUCAAACAGAACAAACAAAACCUUUACAGGAGGAUAUUUUAAUGCAAAAUAUUGAAACUGUGCACCUAUUACGAAGAGGAUCAGCCGCACCCACAUCUCAUUUUGAAAUUGGAAACACGUGUCAAUCAGAGUUUCCUUCUAAAAGUAUCAGCUUUACCUCUAGGAGCACCAGCCCCAGAACAAAUGCAAACUUCUCACCCAUGAGGCCACAGCAGCCCAGCCUUCAGCAUCUCAAGUCCAGCCCCCCUGCAUUUCCAUUCCCAGGACCUCCUAAUUUCCCCCCACAGAACAUGUUUGGGUUUCCACCACAUUUACCACCCCCAUUACUUCCCCCUCCAGGCUUUGGCUUUCCUCAAAAUCCCAUGGUUCCCUGGCCACCUGUUGUUCAUCUGGCAGGCCAGCCACAGCGUAUGUUGGGCCCCCUUUCACAAGCUUCAAGGUAUAUAGGCCCACAAAAUUUUUACCAUGUUAAAGACAUUCGGAGACCAGAAAGACGUCAUAGUGACCCUUGGGGUAGGCAAGACCAACAGCAGCUGGAUAGGGCAUUUAAUAGAGGCAAGGGGGACCGCCAGAGAUUUUACAGUGAUUCACACCAUUUGAAAAGAGAACGACAUGAAAAAGAAUGGGAACAAGAAUCUGAAAGGCAUAGACGCAGAGACAGAACUCAAGACAAGGACAGAGACAGAAAAAACAGGGAGGAAGGGCACAAAGAGAGGGCACGGUUAUCACAUGGUGAUCGAUUAUCACAUGGUGAUCGAGGAGCAGAUGGAAAAACAAGCAGAGAGAGUAGGAAUGUAGACAAGAAACCAGAUAAACCUAAAAGUGAAGACCAUGAAAAGGACAAAGAACGAGAGAAAAGUAAACAUAGAGAAGGUGAAAAGGACAGGGAUAGGUACCACAAAGAUAGGGACCACACUGACAGAGCUAAAAGCAAAAGGUAA